UGGUGGCAACGCUAAUCGCAGUUGAGAAAGUGUAGCCAGCACCUAUUUAUUUACUUUAUUGUUUUAUUUUAUAAUAAUGCUUAAUGCAAAAAUUGGUAAAGUUGGUAAGGUGUUGGUGUGUGGCAUGAAAAAUGUGGGAAAAACAGCACUCAUCGAGCAGUUGGUGUAUGGAAAUAUCAACGCGGAUACUGAACUACACCCAACAAUUGAGGAUAUAUAUGUAGCAAGCGUGGACACAGGACGUGGUGGCGCACGGGAAACACUACGCAUCUACGAUACAGCUGGAUUGCAAGGUGAACAAGCGGCUCAGCUGCCGCGUCAUUAUCUGCAAUUUCCAGAUGCCUUUGUGCUAGUCUAUGAUCCCACUGAUCCGCGCAGCUUGGAUAUGUUGGCAGACAUCAAGACAGAUAUAGACAAGCAUAAGGAGAAGAAAGAAGUGCCUGUAAUUGUAUUAGCAAAUGUCCGAGCGCGCAACAAAAAGGACACGCCGCCCGCCACGCCAAAUCCUGUGGAAUCGAUAAUGGAUCGGGCCAAUAAUUGGUGUCAACGAGAACGCAUCAAGCAUUACACAGUCAAUGUUAUGGAACGCCCCUCGCUGUACGAGCCCUUCACAAUGCUGUGUGCUCGUCUUCAUCCGCCACAGACGAAGAGCACCUUCCCACAGCUGCGCCAGGUGAUGCAGAAUCGACAGAAAAGCGAGGUUUAGCAAGUGCAAUCUA